AUAUAAUGUGUAACUCGUGCAUUCUCAGCAUUCUCUGAAACAGGCUGAUUAAUUAUUAAUGAAAUCAGCACCUGCUUCAAAGUUCACACUUUUGCUUCAGGCAUUGUAGAAAAUGCCAGCUUUACCUGAGCUUGUAACGGGCACCCCAGAGCCCGAGGUGCCUGUGAAGUUUGUUUUAGAGGCUGCUGAUAUCGCUGUGGUUGUAGUCUACUUUUUGUUUGUGUUGGCAGUUGGAAUAUGGUCCUCAGUCAGAGCCAACCGUGGGACAGUGGGAGGAUACUUCUUGGCAGGACGAUCCAUGACAUGGUGGCCAAUUGGUGCCUCUUUGAUGUCCAGUAACGUAGGCAGUGGCCUGUUCAUUGGAUUAGCAGGGACAGGAGCCGCGGGGGGACUUGCAGUCGGGGGAUUUGAGUGGAAUGCAGCAUGGGUCCUUAUUGCCUUGGGCUGGAUUUUUGUGCCUGUGUAUAUUUCUGCUGGUGUGGUCACAAUGCCAGAGUAUCUGAGGAAGAGGUUCGGGGGUCAGCGCAUCCGAAUCUACAUGAGUGUGCUGUCUCUCAUCCUCUACAUUUUCACCAAGAUAUCAACAGACAUUUUUUCAGGGGCUUUAUUCAUCCAGGUGUCACUUGGAUGGGACCUGUAUGUCUCCACCGUUGUGCUGCUAGCCGUCACUGCACUCUAUACUAUAGCUGGUGGGCUGACAGCUGUAAUCUACACUGAUGCCUUACAGACCGUCAUCAUGGUUAUUGGAGCAUUUGUCCUCAUGUUUAUAGCAUUUGACAAAGUUGGAUGGUAUGAGGGUUUGCUGGUUCAGUAUGAGAGCGCUGUACCUAACAUCACGGUUCCCAACACCACUUGUCAUCUUCCUCGGUCUGAUGCCUUUCAUAUCUUCAGAGAUCCAGUGACAGGAGACCUUCCUUGGCCAGGCCUGAUAUUUGGACUCAUGGUUCUUGCCACAUGGGUGUGGUGCACAGACCAGGUGAUAGUGCAAAGGUCUCUGUCUGCCAAAAACUUGUCCCAUGCCAAAGGUGGUUCGGUACUCGGUGGCUACCUCAAGGUCUUCCCUAUGUUCUUCGUUGUUAUGCCAGGAAUGAUCAGCAGAGCUCUUUACCCAAAUGAAGUAGGAUGUGUGGAUCCUGAUGAGUGUCUGAAGAUCUGUGGGGUCCGUGUUGGCUGCUCUAACAUUGCUUACCCAAAGUUAGUUGUGGAGCUCAUGCCAGUGGGUUUGAGAGGUCUGAUGAUCGCAGUAAUGAUUGCAGCGCUCAUGUCCUCUCUCACCUCUAUAUUCAACAGUAGCAGCACUCUGUUCACCAUGGACAUUUGGCAACGAAUCCGGCUCCGGGCCUCCGAGAGAGAGCUCAUGGUAGUGGGCAGGUUGUUCAUUUUAUUGCUAGUGGCCCUGAGCAUUGUGUGGAUUCCUGUCAUUCAAACAGCCAAUAGUGGACAGCUUUUUGACUACAUUCAAGCCAUCACUAGCUGUCUGGCACCUCCCAUCACCGCCUUGUUUGUUAUGGCCAUCUUCUGGGGGCGAGUAAAUGAACAGGGUGCUUUUUGGGGCCUGAUGGUGGGACUUGUAGUUGGCACAGUGAGGAUGGUAAUGGAAUUUGUCUUUGGCACCCCAUCAUGCGGAGAGAAAGACCUGCGUCCCGCCCUGCUGAAAGAUGUGCACUACCUGUAUUUUGCUCUGAUCCUUCUUGCACUGACAGCUCUGAUCAUUACAGCCGUCAGCCUCUGCACUGCGCCUAUUCCAGAGCAACAUCUUGUUCGUUUGACCUGGUGGACGAGACACAGUAAGAAGGAGCGUGUAGAGCUGGAAGACGCCUGGGCUAGAGGCUCUGAACCAGCAGGCUCUGAUCCCAGCACUACAGAGUCAGAGGGGUCGGAUGAGGACACACCUGCAUGGUGGAAGCGUGCUGGAAUGUGGCUGUGUGGGCUCUCCAAUGUGGCUAAACAACCGAUAAGUGAGGAGGAACGGCAGGCUCUGGAAAAGAAACUCACAAGUAUUGAGGAAGACCACACCUGGAAGACUGUCUGCAAUGUCAAUGCCCUCAUUUUACUCACGGUCAAUGUCUUUCUUUGGGGGUACUUUGCUUGAAUAUACUGUAAAGUUCUCUUUGUAAGAAUCUCACCAAUUAAAACACAUGGAGAUGCUGCUCUCAUUUUAUAUACGGCCAGUGUCUUUCUUCAUGUACAAGUUACCCCUUGAAUUGCACAUUGUUUGCUAUAUUUUGUUUCAAAAAGAGAAUUUGACUCUGACUUGGCACAAUUAUAAUUAUAUAUAUAAAAAAAUAUAUAUAUAUAACAUAAUAAUUUGGGGUUUGGAAGAUAUUAUCGUGACCAUUAUUAUCAUAACCGAUAACCAUAUUAUCGAUUUGCGUGCACUGACACUAUAUUGGACGAUAACAAAACUGGAAAUGACUUCUCAUAUUUGAUGAAGGGUGCAUUAUUUUCUUUUUAAAAGCUGCUCUAAAAAAAUCUUUGUAUAUUGUGUUGCUUUAUAAAUAAAUCUGACUUGAGUUGACCUGAA